AUGGCUGAUCCAGAGGGUAAUGGAAACCCUUUAGGUAAUGGACAGGGUCGAGUAAGGCAAACUCGACCCAUUGGACUUGGAGAUGCCCCAAAUCGCCACCAGCAAAGACAAGGGAUUGUUCCUCCUCCUGUCCAGAACCACAACUUUGAGAUCAAGCUGGGAAUGAUCAAUCUUGUGCAGAACAAUAUGUUCCAUUGGCUCUCAAGUGAAGACCCAAUAGAUCACCUUGAUGAGUUUGAUAGGGAUCUCUCAAGAAAGUGGCUUUGCUUUGGCAGAAGGCUAAGUGUUAGAACCAAAGAUGAUGCAAGAACAGCAGCUCGAGCCGCCUAA